AUGGCCUCACCAAGAUGUUUUUUCCUAGAGCUCCCUUGCGAGAUUCGCCUCGACAUCUAUACCCACCUCCUCCUCCACCCUCCCCUGGAUAGACUCGACUCAUCCUUGCCGCACACAAGGCUACAUCCCGCAAUCCUCGCUGCAAGCCGACAAAUCCACGCCGAGGGGAUGCCCAUCCUCUACUGCAACAACAUAUUCCUCGCACACGCCAAACUGCUCUCCUCCUUUCCACGCCUGCGAUCAUGGUAUCCGCCCGUCCGGGAACGCUCCGUGCUCCCGCGCAUCCGCCGCUUCCACAUCCGGGUGCGGCUGGACUGCGAUCUGGCGUUCGAUGCCGAGGCCGCCACGGCGGCUUUCAGCGGCGUGGAUGAGCUCCUCGUCGAAGUGUGGCAGGCCGCCUUCCAAAGUGCGGAUCACGGCGCACUAUAUGUUUUUGAGGGGGUCCGGGGAGUCAAGGCCGUUCGGAUCUAUGGGAGCAUCACAGGAUUUGAAGUCUAUGUGAGCUGGCUUGAGGGCGUGAUGCGCUGGGGCGGUGACCUCGAUGGCAAAGAUGCUGGUUCUGUUGACAUGGCGCCAUCUCAAACGGUGACAACACCCAACUCCACUCCACGCCCGCACCUGCUCCUCCCUGGGCAGUCCCCUAGGGUCCACCUGCAGUGGGUCACAGGAACGAUUGGAAUGGAUGAGCUUCCCACCGUCUAUCACAGCAACCUCGUUACCGGCCUCCUGGUCACUUGGGCUGCCCCGCCCGCCGCCUUAGGCUUCCUUGCCUACUUUGUCUCCAACGCCGCGUUCUACUACUCCCCCGUCGUCCGCGCCCAGUACGCCGCGCGCAACCACGGCCUCACCCCGACGGUUGCCUUCAACGACAUCACCUUUGCCGCCCACGCCCUCCUCCUCUCCUUCAUAACCACCUCGCAGUAUCUCCCUAAGCUCUGGGGCUUCACGCCCGCGCCGGGUACUAAACCGAGCCGCUUCAUUUUGGGCAUCGCCUCGGGCUGUAUUGUGGGCGUCGCCAUCGUGGGGCUCAUCGUUGCAUCCGCCCCAGGCGAUGGAGACCCGGUCACGAGCUGGUGCGCCCUCGAUGUCGUCUACGCCGUGUCCUACGUCAAGCUCGUCAUCACCCUCAUCAAAUAUACCCCACAAGUCAUCACAAACUACCGCAACAAGUCCACCAAGGGCUGGUCCAUCUGGCAGAUCCUGCUCGACUUCUCCGGCGGCCUCCUCUCCGUCGCGCAGCAGGCAAUUGACUCUUACCUGCAGCGCGACUGGUCUGGCAUCACUGGCAACCCCGUCAAGUUUGCGCUGGGCAACGUAUCCAUGGUGUAUGACUUGGUCUUUAUGACCCAGCACUACGUCUUGUACCGCGGCUCUGACGGUAAGGCCGAUGAGAGAGACUCGCUUCUUCGAGCGGAUGAUGAGGAGCACCAAAGACUAGACUAG